CUCACUGCCGCUAGCUAAUUCCGCAGGAGGUCUUGCGGCUUUGGUUUCAGCUUUCGCAAGUACGGGGCCCUACAACUGCCCGAUUCUCCGGGCGUCGUGUGUCUGCGCGACACCCUCGCGGAACACAUUAUUCAACAACGCUCGCAGCGUGCACAAAAGUCAGUAAAGCUGCAAACAGCCAAACGAUGGCCGCGGCGCGUCGACCGUCGGCGACGGCGCCGGCCCGCCGCACGAAAACCAAGCUCUCCCUCGAGGAUGCGCGGAAACACUUCCAAGCGCAGCUGCCCCACCGCAUCGACGCGCCGAACCAGGCGCUCGGCUUCCGCAAGGCGCGGCAGGGCGAGGCCAUCAGCGCCGAGACGGGCAAGGAGGCCGAGCUCUACCCGCUCUGCUCGUCGACGAUGCUCGAAGAGUUAGAUAGUUUUGGCGUGGGCAUCUCUUUGUAUUUCCGACAGCUGUUGGCGCUCUUCGCCGUCGCGGCGCUCUGCGCGCUCAUCCUCCUCACUUCUGGUUUGUACAACGCGAGUACGUGCGACUCGGACGAGAUCAAGGACGGGUCCAUCGACAAGGGCGGCCGCGACUUAGACUAUAGGCAGAGCGGCACGUCGACGGGCUCCGCGGCGGGCUGCUUAAGGAAGGACCUGUCCGUGGCGAGGAACGUCGCGCCGGACAUCGCCGUCUGCGUCAUCAUGCUGCUCGCGGCCCUCAUCGCCGACAAGAUGCGGAGCCGCGCCAAGUCGCACGUCGACGAGAACGCGCAGACGGCGUCGGACUAUACGAUUGUCAUACGGAACCCGCCGCGGCACAUUAUUGAUCCCGAGAAUUACCGGAGCUUCUUCGAGGAGCACGUGAACGACGCCGUGGUCUGCGUCACCAUUGCGAAAGAUAAUGGGUUACUGAUGACGCUCAUGGCGCAGCGCUUUGGGUUUAAACGAGACUUAGCCGAGUUCGCGAAGACCAAUGUCGAAGAAUUGGGUACGGUCGGGCGGUUGAUUCAGCCCUUUGUCUAUGGUAUGGGCUUGCUGAAGACGCCGAAGUACGCCCAGGAUAACCUAGAGAAAGUAGAAAAGCAACUCAAGGAGUACAUCCAGGAGCAUUCGAGGGUCACGGCGCCACCGACGACGGUCUUCGACCACCAGGGUCCCGACGGAACCUGGACGCCGUUUCGGGCCGAGGACUGCCUCCAAAUAAAAAAGGCCAUGGACAAGAACGACGACGGCGUCGUCAAACUGGACGGCGUCCCCUUCGAAGUACGUUGGGGCUCGAAGGCGACGUCGAAGAAGAUGCCCACUCGCCCGGACACGGACAUGAUCCAGGUCAAUAUCAAGAACGACAACACGCGUAUCGUAAGACACAGAGAGGAGCGCGUCUCGGAGUUCGACUGGCACAAGCCCAGUAGGGUCUACGUGACCUUCGAGACGGAGGCGGGCAUGGAGCACGCCCUCGAGACCUUCGAGACGUCGGGCUUUCGGAGGAUGGUCUCGAAGUACUUGGGCUGGGAGAGCGAAAAUACUCCUGAAGCGUUUGAAAAUGUGGUAUUGAAUGUUUCGCGGCCCGUCGAGCCGUCGGAGAUCCUGUGGCACACGUCGCACGUGCGGCGGUCGGAGCGGUGGGUGCGUUUAACUGUAUCUUUUGGAUUGACGGCGGCGCUCGUCGUGGGUGUCUACUACGUCAGCAUCAACAUCGACGACGCCAAUAGUCUAGCGCUGUGGGUCACCUUCGUCAAUAGCGCGUUACCGGUCUUCCUGAAGGCGAUGCAGCUGAUGGUCGAGGUCCAUAGGGAAUAUGGCGACGACCAGGACUCCAUGUUUUUGAAGCUACUUUUAUCAAGAUGGGCGAACACGGUGAUCGCGGCAUUUAUUGCGUACGGUAGAAGGAGUCGGCUCUCGGCGACGGCGUUGUCCGGGGUCAUGUCCAUCUUGUUGAUGGACGCUUUUCUGUUACCGGUACUGCGGGUUUUUGAUGUGUACGACUUAUUUAUGCGGUACGUUGUCGGGCCUAGACAACCCUCCCAACAGGACAUGAACGCGCUCUGGUCGGGCGCGGACUGGAACAUCGCCGAGCGGUAUACCGAUAUUAUGAAGACGUUGGGGGUGGGGCUGUUCUACGCCGCGGCGGUGCCCUACGGGUUGCUGGUGACGGCGGCGGCGCUACUCACGUCCUUCUUCGUGGACCACUACUGUCUGCUGCGGUUGUGGGCCUGGAAGCCGGACUUUGACGACCAGAUUAGUAGGCGGGCCAUCGGGUGCAUCGCGUUACUGGUCUUCGUGCACGUGCUCGUGGCGCAGUACUUCUUCCAGAACUGGGGCGUGUACCCUACUGCUGCUAUCGAGAAUUAUUGCUUUGACUUCACCGGGUCGUUCAUGAGUAGAAAAGAAGCGCUCAGGGCCGGCGAUUGUGACGCUACGACGAUCUCGGCAGGGCAUUGUCUGAGCAAGUUCCUGGUCUGCGCGCCGUCCAAUGCUGAGGACAAACCCUGGGAGCGAACGUCGGCCCAGAAGUUGGCCCGCAGGGCGUACCCUAUCAUCGGCGGCUUCGCGCUGGCCAUCGCAAUCUGGCGCCUCGUCGGCAUCGUGUUCAAGAGAUGCCUGAAGGAGUUCAUCUGGGGCACGCACAGCCACGACUACGACAAGCAGAUGCCCGUCGGCUUCCGCGACUUGGGGGACGAGAUGGCCAUCAGCGCGUACGUGCCGACGGUCCCGCACCCCGUGCCCGGCGAACCCCCGCUGAUCGCGGCCAACAUCACGGGGCUGCCGGACGACUUCCUGCCGCUGCCGCCGGGCAAACCCAAGGAGUUUUACACCAUCUGCAACAGAGGAUACAUGGGAGAGUCGCCGUUCGGAGCCGUCCGGGACCUCGCGCCCGCGCACAUGCAGUCCGACUUCCAGGGGCUCCUGAAGGAUCUGCUGCACGACAUCUUCGGCGAGGUCCAGUUCUGGGGGAAGGAAGGCACGACGACCGGCGCGGACCAUGGUACGAUGAGCGCCGCCGACGAGGCCGCCGCCUUAGGCGGCGGCGUCGACGCGACCGCGGCCGCGCCGUCGCCCCAGGGGGACGACGACGACUACGGCGGCUACGGCGGCAUGGGCUGCGUGGACCCCGACGCGCCGACGCCGAAGCUGCCGACGCCCAAGGCGCCGUCGGUCUUUGCGCAGCCGCCGUUGCCGACGCCCAAGGCGCCGUCGGUGUUCGCGCAGCCGGCGCCGCCGGCGCCGCAGCCCGUCUCGUACGCGCGGCCCGCGGCGCCGCGGCCGGCCCAGCCGGCGAUGCCGCUGCCCGCCGUGCCGCGGCCGCCGCCCGCGGCCCUGCCGCCGGGCUGGCAGCGCAUGCUCACGGCCGACGGCCGCGAGUACUUCGUCGACCACAACACGCAAACGACGUCCUGGACGCGGCCGACUUUUUGAUUCCCUUUUCGUCCCCUCUCUCCCGUGGAUAAAUCGUUUUCUUGGACACCUCGGCGUUUCACGCGGUUCCAGUGUUGGCCUACCGCUAAGGUUCUUUGUAACGGGGGCUCCAGGAUCGGUGCAGGGAGCCGUGUCUGGCGUCUCGAGGGGUACGACCGGGCUGAAUGCGUGUGUCGGACAGCGUGCCAUUUCCCGACAUCGAGAUACAUCGUCGAGGCGACUGCCGAAGGCAAAUUGGUGCCUGCAAUCGCGCUGCGGCGACGAACGCAACACGACAGGCACACAAAAUUCCACCAGUAGUUUCGCGCAUAGCCGCUGCGUUGCGCGCCGCGGCUUUGCGCGUCCACAAGGCGCUGUCAUCAGAGGCCCCUCUGAUAAAUUUUCAGCCAAGCCCACCGCGGCGCGCCAUGACCGCGUCGCCGCCACCAGCGCACCGCGCCCCGACGGGCCCGGCGCCGGCCGCGGCCCAGGACCGCAGCCAGCAGCGCAAGCAGCUCCUCGACCUCGCCGCGGAGCACGCGAAGUUGCUGAGCGUGCUCAUCGCCGACUGGGCCGGCGACGCGGGGGCGGCGGCGACGCCCCGGGACGAUGGCCCGGCGGUCCGGUUGCCGCCGAUUGAAACCAGGCGCCCGGCGCCCGUCGACACCGGCCGCCACGCCCACGCGGACCUCGCCACGCCCCUCCCGGACCUCACGCCCAUCGCGACGCCGCGCGUCGACGACGCGGCGGCGGGCCCGGUGUCGCUCUGGAGCCGCCGCAAGCCGCUCCCGGCGCAAGUCAAAGCGACGCCCGCGCGCCCGAAGACGCCGCCGCGGCCCAAGAAGUCGCCGCGGCCCAAGUACUCCCCCCUCGAGCCCAAGCCGGCGCGGCCCGCCGCGGUCCCGGCGCCGCGCGACGCGGUCCGGCGGCGCCUGCGCGCUGACGUCGCGGCGCGGCUCCGUGCGUCGCGCGCGUCGUCCUCCGACCUCCGGGUCGUCGAGCUCGCCGGCGACGACGAGCCGCUGACGUCGCCACUCGUCCUGCGGCCGGGCCCGCCCGCGGCGUUCGCCGAGCGGUCGGCGCUCGUGACGCCCGCGCCCGCGGACGAGGGCCCGCCCACGCCCGCUGCGACCGUCGUGACGCCGCCGUCGAGCGUCGACGCGGAAGGCUGGGACCCGCCGACGCCGGAAAUCCCGCCGCGGACGGCGCUCGUCGCGCCCAUGCCCCUGGCGACGAAGCAGACGGCCCUCGUCGCGCCCGCGCCCCUCGUCGCCCACCCCGCCGUGGUGGCGCCGGCGCCCUUCGUGCGCGCGAAGCCCACGGCCCUGGUCGCGCCGGCGCCCGAACCGUCCGGCUCCGGCCACUACCGGUCCGGCUCGGGGUCCUUCCCGACGAAGAUGGGCGUGGGGCGGCGUCGCUGCGCGACCGCGUGA